CGGGGUAGGUGCGCGGUGGGGACGGAGCCCCGUGCGGGGACCGGGCACCAUGGUACUCUCAGUGCCCGUGAUCGCGCUGGGCGCCACUCUGGGCACGGCCACCAGCAUCCUCGCGCUGUGCGGGGUCACCUGCCUGUGCCGGCAUAUGCACCCCAAGAAGGGGCAGCUGCCACGCGACCAGGACCCUGAUCCGGAGAAGGCCAGGACGGGUGUGCUUCGCCCGGCCCAACAGUUCAACGUGAAAAAGUCCACGGAACCGGUCCAGCCCCGAGCUCUGCUCAAGUUCCCAGACAUCUACGGCCCCAGGCCAGCUGUCACGGCACCCGAGGUCAUCAACUACGCCGACUACACGCUGAGGGCCACGGAGGAGCCUGCCGCGCCUGCCAGCCCCCAGGCCCCAAGUGACAGUCGCCUCAAGAGGCAGGUCACAGAGGAGCUGUUCAUCCUCCCUCAGAAUGGUGUGGUGGAGGACGUGUGUGUCAUGGAGACCUGGAACCCGGAGAAGGCUGCCCGCUGGAACCAGGCCCCCAAACUCCACUACUGCCUGAACUACGACCGGCAGAAGGCUGAGCUGCUUGUCACCCACCUGGAAGCUGUGACCAGUGACCACGAAGGAGGCUGUGACUGCUACGUCCAAGGCAGCGUGGCCAACAGGACCGGCUCCGUGGAGGCCCAGACGGCCCUGAAGAAGCGGCAGCUACAUACCACCUGGGAGGAGGGCCUGGUGCUCCCCCUGGCGGACGAGGAGCUGCCCACAGCCACCCUGACAUUGACCCUGAGGACCUGCGACCGCUUCUCCCGCCAUAGCGUGGCUGGGGAGCUCCGCCUGGGCCUGGAUGGGGUGUCUGUGCCCCUGGGGGCUGCCCAGUGGGGUGAGCUGAAGACUUCUGCUAAGGAGCCAUCGGCGGGGACCGGCGAGGUGCUCCUGUCUGUCAGCUAUCUCCCGGCCGCCAGCCGCCUGCUGGUGGUACUGAUCAAAGCCAAGAACCUCCACUCUCAUCAGUCCAAGGAGCUCCUGGGGAAGGAUGUCUCUGUCAAGGUGACCUUGAAGCACCAGGCUCAGAAGCUGAAGAAGAAGCAGACCAAACGGGCCAAGCACAAGAUCAACCCCGUGUGGAACGAGAUGAUCAUGUUCGAGCUGCCCGAUGACCUGCUGCGGGCCUCCAGUGUGGAGCUGGAGGUGCUGGGCCAGGACGAGGCGGGCCAGAGCUGCGUGCUGGGCCGCUGCAGCCUGGGCCUGCACGCCUCAGGCUCCGAGCGCAGCCACUGGGAGGAGAUGCUCAAAAACCCCCGCAGGCAGAUCGCCAUGUGGCACCAGCUGCACCUGUAGUCAGACACUGGCCGGCCUCCCUGCUGGGGCACGGCCCUGCCUCCGGCCACAGCUGUCCUCUGCCACCUCCUCCUUGUGCCCCAUCAUCCUCACCUGACACCAGAAGACAGAGACAGACUUGGUCACAGCAGCCAGGACCCUGAUCCUCUCCCAUCGUACUCCCAUUUCUGCAAAGCCGCAGAAUAGGGCUGGGCAGGGAGAUGGGACAGCAGGUCCCACUGCGGAACGCAGUGCCCAGCGGUGUCACCGACAGAGACGCUAGUCAAACACAGCUCAGCGCCAGUUCUACAGAAAGCUUCAUUUAGGGAGAAUGGCUGCAAAGAGGAGUUGGGCUUGUUACCAAUAAGCAUUUUAAAAAUGAAGAAGGAAAUACAAGUGUCUCGGACCAACGCAGAGAAUUAGCGACCGUCCGGGGUGGGAUGAAACCUCAGCCAGCAUCCAGUCAAGCUCCCCUGCGAGGGAGCAACCCAGUGGUCUCAAAUCGGAGCGUGUGAAAAGUCACCAGCAGACUUCUGGGCUGGCAGGUGGACAUUCCUAAACAGCAUUCCCGCCCAAGCCCAGGAGCCGCCAUUCUAAAUAAGCCCCGGGCAGCCUCGCAGAGGUUGGGGACCGCACUUGGAGAAACCUACAACAUGCCAGACAGGUUUUCACCCCCAGUCCUUGAUGGAACCCUAACCUGGACAGUCAGCCCAACACCGGCCAGCCCCCCAUCAGUGCGAAAUGUAAAACCUCUGUCUCGUACACACUUAGUUUUAGUUCUUAACAUUUUAGAUGCAUUUUCAGAUGCUGCUCCUGGACUGGAUUUUGUGCUCUUUCUUGAAGAACUUUACUGUUUGACUCAAAAUCAGCUUGUAUUAUCCUGGGGAGACCCCCUCCUGACAAAAUACGGGCAGGUCCCCUGCUAGUCAUGGGGCUGGAUUCUGAAUGCUAGUUGUCACUCACGUUCACCAGUGUCAGCAAAGUGACCCUCUGAGAUAGACCCACCCCUUCUCAGCAUCCCGCCACUCCAGGAGGAAUCUGCUUGUUCAUUUCGGCAAUUCCACCUAGCUACUUGGAGCUGGGGAUGGGAGAUACCUUACAAAGGCCAUGGAAGUCUUCAAACCUGCCUCCCUUCCUCGGUUUUCAGGACCUACCACUUUAAUCAGUAAAGAACCAGCAACAAGGCUUUGGAUUCCUACCCUGUUAUUCCAAUAGGUGUUGUUGAGUACAUUUCAGUUAUCAGGGCCAGCCGGUGGCAUGGUGGUUAAGGCACUGGACUCCCCCAUGGUGACCAUGGCUCGAGUCCACACCCGAGAGCUUGGCAGUCAUACUAGGAGUGUGUGUAUGCACGUCUAAAAUGCCGAGAGGAGAAGGGAGAAGAAGGGAUUGCAGCAUGGUCGUCCC